CCUCCGGUGACAAGCCCAGCCUCUCGCUUCCCUCCUGGAGCCCUUUUCAUUUUUAUUUCUAACCCCCUCUCCAUUCUCCCUGCUGCCUCUGCUCCUUCCCCCGAUGGCUACGAACUGAGCAGCAGAGGAGGGGGGGGCACAGGAAUAAGGGAAGGGGACUGAAAAGGCAAGAAAAAAAAAAUAAAAUAAAAAAGAGAAAGCGAAAAGAGGGAAGAAAAAAAAAAGGAUUUUUAAUUUUUUUUUUUUUUUUGCCUCUGCCCUUAAUGCCCGCGAUCUGGAUCAAGGAGGGGGAUUUUCUGUCUGAGCAUGAAAAGGACUGCUAGACACCCAGGAUUUUCACGCCUGCAUUGCCAAACCAGCACCCAGUAUGCAAGCUGGCCAGAGAAGCUCUCCCACAAGUUCCUACCGAGCCGAAUAAAACCCACGGUCGCCCGGAUCUCCUCCAGAGAGGGACAUUAGCAGCAGGACUCCACAGAAUGGAGCAAGAAUGAGAGGAAAAAGGCAGACAGAAAAGCAUGAACUGGAGGCUUGUUGAGUUCCUCUACCUCCUGUUUAUAUGGGACCAUAUACUAGUACAGCCCUCCCACCAGGACCCCGCUGCCACCAACCAACAUGUCUCCAAGGAGUUUGAUUGGCUUAUUUCAGACAGGGGGCCCUUCCACCACUCGCGGAGCUACUUAUCCUUUGUGGAAAGACAUCGUCAAGGAUUUACAACCAGAUAUAAAAUAUACAGGGAGUUUGCCCGUUGGAAGGUGAGGAACACAGCCAUCGAGCGGAGGGACCUGCUCCACAAUCCACUGCCCCUGAUGCCUGAGUUCCAGAGAAGCAUCCGCCUCCUGGGCAGGAGACCCACCACGCAGCAGUUCAUUGAUACCAUCAUCAAAAAGUACGGCACCCACAUCCUCAUCUCUGCCACCCUGGGAGGAGAGGAGGCCUUGACCAUGUACAUGGACAAAAGCCGCCUCGACAGGAAGUCAGGAAACGCCACCCAGAGCGUGGAAGCCUUGCACCAGCUUGCUUCCUCCUACUUCGUAGACCGUGAUGGCACCAUGAGGAGACUCCACGAGAUCCAGAUCUCUACCGGAGCAAUCAAGGUAACAGAAACUCGGACUGGCCCCCUGGGCUGUAACAGCUACGACAAUCUGGACUCUGUGAGUUCUGUCCUUCUGCAAAGCACUGAGAGCAAACUCCACCUGCAAGGUCUCCAGAUCAUCUUCCCCCAGUACCUACAGGAGAAGUUUGUCCAGUCUGCCUUGAGUUACAUCAUGUGCAAUGGCGAGGGGGAGUACAUCUGCCGGAACAGCCAGUGCGGCUGUCAGUGUGCGGAGGAAUUCCCGCAGUGCAACUGCCCCAUCACCGACAUCCAGAUCAUGGAGUACACACUAGUGAACAUGGCCAAGUCCUGGACAGAAGCCUAUAAAGAUCUGGAGAAUUCAGAUGAGUUUAAAUCCUUCAUGAAAAGGCUACCUAGCAACCACUUCCUGACCAUUGGGAGCAUCCACCAGCACUGGGGGAACGACUGGGACCUGCAGAACCGCUACAAGCUGCUGCAGAGCUCCCUGGAAGCCCAGCGCCAGAAGAUCCAGCGCACUGCCCGCAAACUCUUUGGCCUCAGUGUCCGGUGUCGGCACAACCCUAACCACCAGCUGCCUCGAGAAAGGACAAUACAGGAAUGGCUUACCCGGGUCCAGUCCCUGCUGUACUGCAAUGAGAAUGGGUUCUGGGGGACCUUUCUGGAAAGCCAACGGAGCUGCGUUUGCCACGGUGGCACCAGCCUGUGCCAGCGCCCCAUCCCCUGCAUCAUCGGGGGCAACAACAGCUGUGCCAUGUGCAGCCUUGCCAACAUCUCUCUGUGUGGCUCAUGCAACAAGGGCUAUAAGCUUUACCGGGGUCGCUGCGAGCCUCAGAACGUAGACUCGGAGCGGAGCGAGCAGUUCAUCAGCUUUGAGACGGACUUGGACUUCCAGGACCUGGAGCUGAAGUACCUGCUGCAGAAAAUGGACUCUCGCCUGUACGUGCACACCACCUUCAUCAGCAACGAGAUCCGCCUGGACACCUUCUUUGACCCCAGGUGGCGCAAGCGCAUGUCCCUCACCUUGAAGAGCAACAAGAACCGGAUGGACUUCAUCCACAUGGUGAUUGGGAUCUCCAUGAGAAUCUGCCAGAUGCGCAACAGCAGCCUGGACCCUAUGUUCUUUGUCUACGUCAACCCGUUCAGCGGGAGUCACUCCGAGGGCUGGAACAUGCCCUUUGGGGAGUACGGCUACCCACGCUGGGAGAAAAUCCGCCUCCAAAACAGCCAGUGCUACAACUGGACCCUGCUACUGGGCAACCGGUGGAAAACCUUUUUCGAGACCGUCCACAUCUACCUACGCAGCCGGACUCGGCUGCCCUCCCUGCUGCGUAAUGAGACUGGCCAAGGGCCCGUGGACCUUUCCGACCCCACCAAGCGCCAGUUCUACAUCAAGAUCUCGGAUGUGCAGGUGUACGGCUACAGCCUGCGCUUUAAUGCCGACCUCCUGCGCAGUGCCGUGCAGCAGGUCAACCAGUCGUACACGCAAGGUGGGCAGUUCUACUCGUCCUCCUCUGUCAUGCUCUUGCUGCUGGAUAUUCGGGACCGAAUCAAUAGACUGGCGCCUCCCGUGGCCCCAGGGAAGCCCCAGCUGGAUCUGUUCUCUUGUAUGCUCAAGCACCGCCUGAAGCUCACCAACAGCGAGAUCAUCCGCGUGAACCACGCUCUAGACCUGUACAACACCGAGAUCCUCAAACAGUCGGACCAGAUGACAGCCAAACUCUGCUAACCCGGACUUUUCAGUGGACAUGUUGGUGACUGAUCCUUUUGCUGUAAAAAAAUAAAAGAGGAAAAAAAAAAAGAGAAAAAAGUAAAAAAGAAAGAAAGAAAAGGGGGGGGGGGGAAGUAAAGAAGGGAGAAGAACAAAAUUUGUAAAAUGUAAUUAAUAUACGAAAGAGAAAAAAAAGAGGAAAUUCUUCAUUUGUUGAAAACUAAACCCGUUCUAGCAGCUG